AUGAAAGAUCAAGUUGAGGAGUCAAUGCAAGAGAAGAACUUAGCAUGUGAAAAAGAUGAAGCUACGACUCCAACCGCGAGAUCUAAGGUAGAUUCUAAAAGUUCUAUUCCUACUUAUGUUCCCUCCCCUCCAUUUCUUGACAGGUCUACAAAGUCCAAAGGGGAUGAACAUGAGAAGGAAAUAGUGGAGACUUUUCGCAAGGUUCAAGUGAACAUACCACUUUUGGAUGCCAUUUAUCAACUGCCCCAUUAUGCGAAGUUCCUGAAAGAAUUGUGCACUAACAAGCAUAGAUUGAAAGGUAAUGAAGUGUUUGGAAAAGCAGUGCUAGAUUUAGGAGCAUCUAUUAAUGUCAUGCCAUAUUCUAUUUAUGCUUCUUUAAAUUUGGAAUCACUUAAAGAAAUCGAUUUUUAUGUUCUUGACAUACAAGAUGAACCAACAUCUUUGUCGCCACCAUUGCUCUUGCGAAGACCAUUUAUGAGGACUGGGCGUACAAAGAUAGAUGUACAUGAUGGUACAUUGACAAUGGAGUUUGAUGGUGAGAUUAUUCGCUUCAACAUUUUUGAAACAAUGACGUAUCCUAGUGACGUUCACGCUUGUUUUUCAAUUGACAUAAUGGAUUUAUUAGUACAAAAAGUUUUUGAAUUAUCAAAUGAAGAUGCAUUGGAUACCACUUUGAUUAAAUGCCUCGAUGCUAACAAUCUCACCAGGUUGAGCAAGAAUUUAUUAGCGUGCAAGGAUGUUGUUGAAACCGUGGCAUCACUUGAGUCAUUGCCAAGUAUUCCUCCAAGGAAUGAUCUCUCCUAUAUUACUCUUCCAAUAUCUAAAGAGAAACUUUUACCUUCGGUGAUGUAA